ACAAGCUUUAUGUUGCCCUAGGCCCUAGCCCUAGCCCUAUACCCUUCCCUUUGCGCCUGAACGACCUCAACAAAAAUAGAAGGGCCCCGUCAAAAAGACAAACUCCCCUGAUUUCUAUUUUCAGCCCCAACACUUAUCUCCUAACGUGCAUCUUUCCCGUGACGAAACCACCUUCAAAAAUUCCCCAUUUCCCUGUGUAUACUUGGAGCAAAUGAGCAUUGAGUGAGGGGGCCACAGAUACUUAAGGUGUGAGGUUGUCGAACCCAUGAUUAAGGACCAUAAAAAGGUGCGUGCCCCGGUCAGUGUUUACAGCUUAGCAACAAUCAUGAUUCAUGAGUGACGAUAGCAAAUUUCUGUUUUCUCCCCUCAAUUUCCACCAAUCGCAUCUCCGAUUUUGUGCUUCACAUCUCAUUUUUCAUCUUUCUUGAUGAGCAAACCAUGCUCGUCUAGCUACUAAGGGUUUGGUUGAUUCUUUCCUUUUUUCGCCGAUUAAGGGUUUGGAUGCCGUGAACAAAUGGGUGCAGCUGGCUCCAAACUUGAGAAAGCUUUGGGCGACCAAUUUCCAGAAGGCGAACGAUACUUCGGUCUCGAAAAUUUUGGCAAUACAUGUUACUGUAACAGUGUCUUGCAGGCUCUUUAUUUCUGUGUUCCAUUUCGUGAGCAAUUGUUAGAAUAUUAUUCAAGCAACAAAAGUUUUGCUGAUGCAGAAGAAAAUCUAUUAACAUGCCUAGCAGACUUGUUUACGCAGAUAACUUCACAAAAGAAGAAAACAGGGGUGAUUGCUCCAAAACGCUUUGUACAGAGAUUGAAGAAGCAGAAUGAGAUUUUCCGUAGCUAUAUGCACCAGGAAUGGAAGGAUACCUUAUCUUCUCUGAAACUCUUAAUUGAAGACGUAAUCCCAUCUCUCCAUGGAAGCAGCAUUACUGAAGCCCAAAAGGGCUACAAUGAGAAAUGGCAUGAAGGAUUCAUGUUUUUGUUGCAUGAUGCCCAUGAAUUUUUAAAUUAUCUGUUAAACGAACUUGUGGACAUACUGGAGAAAGUAUCACGUGCUGCAAAGAGUGAUCCAGAAUCUUGUUCAUCUUCUGAGCAAAUUCCUAAUGGAAUAAAGACUUCUCACAUCAAUGGUCAUGUAAGAGAGCCACUCAUCACAUGGGUGCACAAGAAUUUCCAGGGUAUACUCACAAAUGAAACAAGGUGCUUGCGAUGUGAGACAGUAACAGCAAGAGAUGAAACCUUCCUUGACUUGAGCCUUGAUAUUGAGCAAAAUACCUCAAUUACUAGUUGUUUGAAGAACUUCAGUUCCACUGAGACUUUAAACGCUGAGGACAAAUUCUUUUGUGAUAAAUGUUGCAGCUUGCAGGAAGCCCAAAAAAGAAUGAAGAUCAAGAAACCACCACAAAUCCUAGUAAUCCAUUUAAAAAGAUUCAAAUACAUCGAGCAACUCGGGCGUUACAAAAAGCUUUCAUACCGUGUCGUCUUCCCCCCUGGAGCUCAAACUAAGCAACACUGUCGAAGACACAGACGCCGAAUAUUCUCUUUUCGCGGUUGUGGUCCAUGUCGGAAGUGGGCCCAACCACGGACACUACGUGAGCCUCGUGAAAAGCCAUAAUCAUUGGUUGUUUUUUGAUGAUGAAAAUGUAGAAAUGAUCGAUGAGUCAGCUGUGCAAACUUUUUUUGGGUCCGCACAAGAGUAUUCCAGCAACACGGAUCAUGGCUACAUCUUGUUUUACGAAAGGGUCGAUGUAGGUACCACAAGUUGAAAAGACGGAUUUACCCUCCUCCCUUAAGAGGAAAUUUUACAAUUUUGAACGGAUACGCAUAACAUUUCACUGUCUUUAUUAUAUACAUUUUUAUUGGACUGGUUCUAUUUUUGUAAUGUAUAACAAUUGGUCCGUCCCACAAAUGACAUGGAGGAGG